AUGGUCGACGAGGCCAACGUCUCGAAGGUCGGGAAGGCCAAGGUCGACGCGGCCGACAAGGGCAACACCUGCACGGAGCUGAAGAGGUGGGGGGAUCGGUGCACGGACGGCGUGGUGGAGGAGACGCGGCGCGGGGUGCCGCCGCAGGGGGGCGUCGGCAAGGGCGAGGACAAUGACAAGGACAAGGCCGAGGGUGGCGCCGAGGACCAAGGUCGGGGAGGCGCCGAGGACAUGGGUGGCGCCAAGGACAAGGGCGGCGGCCGCAAGGACAAGGUCGGCGGCAGCAAGGACAAGGAGUUCACCCGCUGGCUGAAGCGCAACGCUGACGCGACCGACGACGAGCCCAUCUCCACCCCCAACCCCAAGGGCCACAAGAAGGUCGCCGUGAGCCAGGCCAAGCACACCAAUCAUAAGGUCGCCGUGAGCCAGGCCGACGACAGCGACUUGUGGGAUUCCGACGGCGACGAGCGGGCGCUCUCUUUCGCCGCCAAGGCGAAGGCCGUGCCAGCCAAGAAGGCGCA